CGGCGGUGCGGGGGCCUUAUGCAACCCAAAGGUUAGGGUUUCUCGCGGUUGAGGGGGGGAGCGGGCAGGAGGAGGGCCUGGAAACUCUAACCCCCUUUCCCCAGCCUAACUGGCCGUCUUGGGCUGAGGGAAGGUCACCUCUGCACCUCCCCCCAGCCUGUCCGGUUGUGGGGCCCCUAGUCCAGGCCUGGCCCUGACGGCCUGUGAAGCCGGCUGGCUGGGUGGGGCGCCUGGGUUAGUCAUCACUGGGCUUUCAUUCUCCCCCCCCUCGGCCAACUCUUGGCCCCUCCCCACGGCCGCCGGCUAGGCUAUCCCCCUCUGCCCUCCAGCUUCCAACUCUUUUGGUCUGUCAUCCCGGUUGUCAGACUGGGCUAAGGGCUGUCAGGAUGCCAGCGGGUUGAUGGAGCAGCUGGUUAGAGGGUCAGUGCCCUGGACCCACCCCGCCCUGCAGCCAAGGGCACCUGCUUGGCACAGACUUGCCAGCCGCUGAGUCCUGUGGGCUGAACAGAGCUGUCUUAGACAGGGGAGUCAGGCAGAGUUGGACCGGUCACCUGAGGGAAGAAAAAUACCACAAAGUUCAUCCCUCCCAAGAGGGUUUUGGGAUUUGAAAGUCCCCACCCCCACCCCCACCCUAGUCUUUCCUCCCCUCUGAGUAUAGAGAUUCCAAGGCAGGAUCACAUUGGCCCCUCACUCUGGCAUGGGCCAUGCCCUUGGACUGAGUGUCAGCAUAGAUCCGCCCUCCCUAGCUCACAGCCCUCAAGCCUGCCACGCCCCCAGCCCCCUCCCUGGGCCAUGCUGCAGGGCCUGGCUUUUCCUGCUGAUUCAUGCGUUGGAACUGUGGGGGCGGGGCUUGGAACUUGGAACAAAGUUCAGACAUGGAGGGGACGGCAGACAGCCUGGAAUUCAUACCAGAUGUACCCGGAAUGCGCAAGCGGAAUGCCUGGCAUCUGAGAGUCCUGGGGAAGCUGCCCAACCACCCUACCCAUACUUCCCUCCCUUCCAGCCCUUGGUCCACUGUCCUCUCCCUCACAGUCCCAGGAGUCUCUGCUGACCAUCUUCCAAACUCUAGACCUCCUCCCUUCCUCGCUCCUUCCCAGAUUUAGGCCCCCAAAACUCUCCUUCCAGCUGAAUUCUCUGGGAACAAGUCAGCUGGGCUGAUCACUGAACUCAAAUUUCUGGACCUGAAGUAUAACUUCUCACCUACUGUCUGGGUAGCUGGUGAUGUCCAAGGUCUCAGGUCCUGCCCUCUCUGGCUAGGAACACUGAGGAGGCAGGGACCUUGGUGAAUUGCUGGGGCAGUGGGGUGAGAGCAGGCCUGGGAUUCUGUAGCCUCCAUUUCUGGGAAGAGGAACAAGGGAAGUAUGCUUAAAGCUUCCUAUUGCUUCUCCAUGAAGCUUAACAGCUCUUGCAGGCCCAGGUCAGAGCCAAGAACCCUCAUUACCAGGUUGAAGGUCUGCUGGGGUAGGCUUUGAUAGGCAGUGGGACAGUGUCCCUGUGACAUGCCCUGCUCAGGUCUUUCGCAUUUGUCUUCUCCUUCCUUCUAGGACCCACUACCUCCCACAUCCUCACCUGGCUGAGCCGCAGUAGUUCUUCAGUGGCAAGCUUUAUGUCCUGACCCAGCUAAAGCUGCCAGUUGAAGAACUGUUGCCCUCUGCCCCUGGCUUCAAGGAGGAGGAGGAGCUUCUUUUCCAUCAUCUGGAAGGUGACAGAACUGGGGCUGAGAAGGUCUGAGCAGUGGGGGUGAUGAUAUGUUUUGAGGAUGGAAACUCUACUCAUUUGAGGAGCCUUCACCCACAUUGGCCCUGUAAGAGAGCAGUUUGAGAUUGGAGACCCUAGCUGAAUUGGAGAGUAGACAGCUCUAACUACACAAGGUUAGUCAAUCUUUGGGUAACAACAGGAAGAAGUAGGGAGAAGAAAUCUGUCUACUCCUUUACCCAGAUUUCCUUCUUGACCCUCCUCCCUUAUCCCUCAUUCUUCCCCACUGGCCUUUCCAGUGAGGUCCAAAAAUAAGUGUAUGCUUCAAAUAAAGGUGAUUCUGAAACUCUUAUGUUACCUUUUUCUGUAUUUCUUUAGACUGACCCACAUUAGAUUCAGAGGUACUCGUAUACACCUGGACCCUUGAGAUGGGGAAUCACACAGAUGAGUAUGCAUGAGAGAAUCAGAAGCCCAGUUGUCAGACUCAGAGCCUGGGCUCUCCUCCCCCUGUGGAUGGGAAUAAAAUAGCUUUUCAUGUAAGCUAUUACCCUCCGCUGCCCCUGACCCUGACCCCAGGAGCUCUUAGGGCAGUGGUGCCCAGGAGUAGAACAAUGGGGCUAAUGGAAGCUCCAUCACUAUGCUGACUUCCUACCCUGCAAGGGUGGUCCCAGGUUUCUCCUGCUACCUAGAGCACGACCACAGCCCCAGAUGGGGUUCCAGUUGCAGCUGCUCUGUUUCUUCCCUCAUGUUCCUUUCCAGGAUUGUGUGUGAAACUCAGCGUAGGCCUGUGCAGGCAGGAAAUUCUCACCUCCCUGCUGCCCCCAGUUCCUCUCACUCUCAGGCUCAAGCUCUGAUGUGAUUUAGCCUUAGCCCAGUCCCCCUACCUGAAAGCGGCCAAGUUCAAGGGCUACAGGAAGCUUUGUUCUGUUUUGGGGGAGGGAGGUUGGAGGUGUGCAGGGAGCUGGGUCCUAAUCUUCAGAAACUGAGAAGUUGAAAGGUUUAGGGGAGAGUAGACCAUUGAACUCACCCUAAGCUGAAGGAGAAGGACCUGUGUGUGGGACUGUGGGAGAGUGGGUGGGUAGACUGAGGCUUAACAAAGAUUGCUCUGUCCCUGGACAUUGCUUCUGUCCUUUCUUCCCCUCCUCACUUCACUGGCUGCAGCGUCUUUCCAGCCCUGUGCAUGUGGCCCUGCCAUCUUGACGCAUCGUGGAGCAGAGGUGUGGAGGGGCAGCCUGGGAACACAGAGGCAGGCAGAAAGCCAGUGAAGCACCAGACCUGGAGAGCACAGGGUCCUGCCCAAGCACCCCACAGAGGGGGCCCUUUAAGGCCAUAAACACCCCAGGAGGGUCUUCCAGUCAUCUCCUACUUCAUUCCCCACUUCUCUCCAGUCUUUUUGCCUUCCUGAGGCAUGGAACCAGAUUAAAUAAAGUGUUCUCUAGCUUCACCUUCCUGCUUCUACCUCUUCCCUGUAAUUUUUAAAUGAGCAGCUCAAAGAGCAAGAGCCAGCUGUAAAAGGACAUGUACCAGAAAUUCUUAAAAGAAAUUCAAAUGAGUAAAACCACAGGGAAAAAAAAAAAACGUAUGCUUCAUUAGUGAUUGAAGAAAGGCAAAUCGGCUUGAAAGCAUUUUUCCCUCAGCAAACUGUAAUAGAAAAAAAGGAGACCCAAUGUUGGCAAAGCACUGCUGAAAUGACACUCCUUUACAUGUCAUAUGGGAGUAGAAACUGGGACAGCCUGCUUGGAUAGAGGUGUGGUAAUAUGGAUCAAACGCCCUAAAAGUUCCCAGGGUCUUUGACCUAGUAAUUCUACACUUGGGAAUUUAGCCUAAGAAAAUAAUGAAGGUUCUAGGUAUAAGGUGUUCAUCUCAGCGUUGCUGUAGAGAAAAAUGGGAAGCAACUGUUUGGGAAUUCAUUUCUGUAAUGAAAAUUUGCAAUAGGGAUUGCUUAAGUAAAUUAUUGUAUAUAUAUCCAGAUGGUGAAGUACUGUGCAGCCAUUAAAAGUCAUGUAGAAGAACAUUUGUCUAGGAAGAAAAAUGUUCCUUGAAUAUUAAAAUGGUUAUAAAAAUAGGGUGUAUUAUGGGAUCUAAAUUUGUUUUUAAAAAUACUUGUAUAAAUAUCAAAAAAGACUGAGGAUAUGCUCCAAAAUGUUAAUUGUGGAAUAAAGUAAUUGUAAUUUUCUUCUUUGUGUUUUUCUUUAAUUUCCAAAUUUUCUACAUUAAUCAUGUACAGCUCUUGUAUAAUAAAAUUUUUACAAAAUCAGUGUUAAUUUUUAAAACCUUUGAAGAGGUGGGUUUAGAAAAAUGGAGGGAUGCCCCUGGCCUCUUGGUCUUAUUGAGUGUUGAUGGAGGAAGGAGGUUAUGAGAAUGUUGGUCUUAGUGGGUUUUGAUGGAGGAAGGAGAUUAUGAGAAUGUUUUUCGGGGCGUGGCUAUUGGUUUAUGCACUUAAUUCUUUUGGAGUAGCUGGAACCCACCCUCUCACAGGAAAUAGCUUUCUGAAUUGCUGCCUGUCAGCCAGCUAAAGAGGUGUAGAGGAAGAAAGGAGGAAAACAUUGAAAACUUGCCACCCUUCAGGGGGUAGGGAGUUGGGAGAGGCUGAAGGGUUCUAGGAUCCUAACUGUCCUACUGCUGAAGGCAGUGUGGGCCUUUGUUUUUCUCUCCUGAUUCUGCCCCCACCUGGUGACGCUGUGCAACCUUGCCUUGCCCCCCUUAAAUUAGAAGAGAGAUUUCUCUUACCCACCUAACAGGUACCAAACCGUGGUGAAAGGGGCACCUUUCAGGACUAUGGUUAUGAGUGAUUUCCUUUUGCCUUCCCCUUCCUCUUAAAGCACCCCUGUAGGACAAAAAAAAAAAAAGAUUGGGGGAGAUCCCCAGUGGGUCUCUGCUCCAAAACAGGGAGCUGUUGUUGCAUUUCAGAGGUAAAAAAGGGUAGAGCUCCUGGAAUUGUGGAGUGUAUUGUGGGUCUGGAAACGUCGGGAGGCCGGUGACUGUAGAACUGAGGUGCCACUUCCCCCAACAACUGGCAAGGUGAUGGGGGACAUAGGAUGGCGAGAUUUAAGCAAGUGGGAUGGGUUGCUCUCGCCUCUGCCCUCGGGGCUGUAGAGUAGGAUGGGAGGGACGAGCAGCAGGUGAGAGGUUAGGAAGUGAAGAAAGAAAGUGAAAAGUUGGUGGUGUGGGGCCCUCGCAGCGUCUGGCAAAGCUAGACCAGUGAUCCAUUUCUGGAACUCCAUGGGGCUCCGGACGCUUGGAUUUGCGGGGAGACCCCUAUCGACAGCCCGGGAGUCCCCCUGAGCCCUGAAGUUGCACGGCUGGGGCCCCUGGAGCCCCCAAACCGAUCCUCCGCUAGGGCGGGACGCGAUCAGUUGCCGUGGCUCCAGGGGUGGUGGCCCCACUGCUGCUCCAAUCACCGCUCAACAGAGGCAUGGGGGCGUGGCUGAUCCCCGUAAAAGUUACCGCAGAUUCCGAAGGCGGGGCAGGCGGGGGAGCCCCGAGACGCACCCCUGCAGGGAAGCGAGCGCCCACUCCCUGCGGGGGUUGUUGGAUGCGCCCCGGCGGAGAGCUCAGGGACAAACGGGAGUGGUCCAAACCUAACCCGGCCGCCACGCCAUGGCGUCCUCGGGGCUCCUCGUGACAGGCGCGUCCUUCGCCGCUUUCCGGGGGCUCCACCGGGGGCUGCAGCUGCUGCCCACGCCUGGAUCAGCUGCUCAAGACCGUUGGAAGUGGCAGAACAUCUGUCUCUCUCUGGUGCACAGCUUGCUCGUGGGGGCCAGGGCGCUGCUCGGGCUGUCGCUGUACUCUCAGAUGGCCACCGACCCAAUUCAUAGCCACCCGCCCUGGGCCCUGGCGCUAGUGGCUGUAUCUGUGGGUUAUUUUCUGGCUGAUGGAGCUGAUAUACUGCAGAACCAGACCUUGGGCCAGGCCUGGGACCUGCUCUGUCACCAUUUAGUGGUAGCAAGCUGCCUCAGCACCACUGUUCUCUCUGGCCACUGUGUGGGCUUCUCCAUGGUGUCUCUACUCCUGGAGCUGAAUUCUGCCUGCCUGCACCUGCGCGAGUUGCUACUGCUUUCUCACCAGGCCCCAUCCUUGGCCUUCAGCGUGGCCAGCUGGGCCACCCUGGCUACCCUGGCCCUCUUCCGCCUGGUGCCGCUAGGGUCGAUGAGCCUGUGGCUGUUCCAGCAGCACCACCAGGUGCCUUCUGCUCUGGUUGUCCUUGGUGGAACUGGUCUGGUCACUGUGGGCGCCAUGAGCAUCACGCUGGGUGUCCACAUUCAGGUCAGUGAUGACCUGCGGUCUCAGCCCUGCCCAUCCACCCCUGGGCACAAUGAAAUCAGAACAUAUUGUGAUGAUGAGCCUACCAGCCCUGACCACAGGGACAAUUCCACUUUCAGCCUGAAAGACUAGAGAGAAGCCACAGGCCUCUCUUCUGCUAGCCCUGGUGGAGGAGCCACCAGGACAAGGAGGUGGUGGUCUUUACUGUACAUUCCCCCAUUGGGGUAAGGGCUGGGCUGGAUUUUCAGUGUCUCAGUUCCUCUUCCAGCUAACUCACACCCUCCCACAUUCCUAGGAUCUGAGAAGAAAAGCUAAUGUUUGUAGGUGGGCAGGAACCUGGGAUUUUGUUCACGGGAUUCUGUCAUCAAAUGACCACUCUUUCCGGCAGACUAACUCAAGAGGUACAGCCAGUGCCACCACUAACGGGUGGUGGGAAGCAUGAAGCUGGAAGAAACUGCCAAUGGGAAUGGAAACCUUUGCAUUAGUAUAGGGAUAGAUGAGGGAAGAUGAGGUUUUGCUAGGAUCAGACACUUCUGGUAUAAAGGGGGAGGAGUCAGAGGGAAGAGAGACCUCGCCUAUGGCCAAAUCCUGGCAGUGGGAGGAGGGCACAACUAGUGCCAUCUGCAGCCAGUAGAGAUGGAAGUAAUAGUUGCCAAGAGACAGAAGAAUCUGGGCCACAGUAAUUGAGGGUGAUAUUUCUGGUCCUCAAAACCAUGCUAUUGUGUUCGUACUUAACCCUAGUCCUACUGUGUCCAGCAACUAGCUUUUUCUUUUUCUUUUAGCAUUAUCUGGCCAUUUCAAAGAAAAUACAGAUUCUUAGAGAGGUGAACAUGAGGCUAGGCCUGCCCUCUUAGCAUAGUAUCGAACUCCAAAGCCAUAGAAGGGACUUAAACACCCAUCCUGGGUGCCCAGUGUAGGAUCUUUCUAGUCCUGGGAUUUCAUGGAAGAAUGAGGGCAGAGGCAGAAGCUGUUGAAGGAAGACUCCCUCUUAGUUUCGGAGGGAUUAAGGAAUAGCUGACCCUCUUCUGGGAUUUACCCAAAAGCUCUCCUUCCCCCCUGCCAUUUCUACUACAUUCUUUCUUAUGGGUGAGACCCCACCUUCUUUAGGCAGGACAUGGAAGGUAUAGAGCAGAUUAAGUUGCUGUUCUACUGAACAAUGGAUAGAAAAGGAUAACCCUCAAUCCUCCACAGAAAAGAUACAUGAGCAAAACAAGACACAGGAGGAUUAAAACACAUACACACAAAACCUGCCAAGGAGCUGAGGCAGAGAAAGACAAAGGGAAUGACAGAAACAGACAGACAUAGAUUGAGGGGCAGAUAGAAAAAGAAGGAUUAAUUGCAUAGGGGAGACAGGGCAAAAGAGAGAGAAUCCUGGGCACAAGUAUCAAGAAAGACUGUCAUAAAUGCUGAGAGAAACCAAAGUCAUAAAAUUGGUAAAAUCGUCAUAAACAAAGAUGACAGGAAAAAUAAAAAUAAAGAUUGACAGGAAGG